AUGUCGGCAGCCCAAGAAGAAUUCAACCAGCUGGUUAGCAGUAACCGCGACAGAUUCGCCUCUCACCCAGAAGAUCGAGUUUACGACUCCGACCCGCACUACUCCGACGACGAGCCCGCCUCCGGCCUCCGCUCACAACGCCAUACAGCCGAUUCCUCCGACGAAGACGAAGACAAUAUGGUCUCCUCCCGCAGCGCAAACUACCACAUCCCCAACACCGUCUACGACGCCAAUACGGGCCCCAAGGGUGUCAUCGCCGACGCCCAGGCCUUCGAGCGCGCCCGCAAGAAGUCCUUCCGCCGCACCCUCCUUAGCGCCGCGGGGCUCGACUCCCACAACCCCUCAUUCAGUUCCAAGUCCACCCGCGAGGACUCACCCCUCAAUGGAGAGUCCUCAUCUGCUAGCGAAGAUGAUGACGACGAGGCCCGUUUUCUGCGCAAAUGGCGCGCUUCGCGAAUGCACGAGUUGCAGGCGCGGAACAACCGCCGCCCCAGUCCGCGGGGUAGACGGUUCGGCACGGUUGAGACUGUCGAUGCGGUGGGGUACCUCGAUGCUAUCGAGAAAGUGACUUCGGAUACUGUUGUCGUGGUCUGUAUCUAUGAUCACCAGUGUGAUGAUAGCGCCAUCGUCGAAGAAUGUCUCGUUACGAUCGCCCGCAGACAACCCACUACCCGCUUUGUCAAACUGCACCAGGACAUCGCGGAGAUGGACCACAUCAAGGCACCCGCCCUGCUAGCCUAUCGUGGCGGCGAUGUCUUCGCUACUAUCGUCGACGUCCUGCGCAGCAUUCCCCGUGGCCGGAGCUGCAGCGCCGAUAGUCUGGAAGACUUGUUGAAGCUACACCGCGUGCUAUGA